AUGGGUGGAGAUUUGAACCUGAAGAAGUCAUGGCACCCAGGCUUGCUCAAGAACCAGGAGCGCGUAUGGCUGCAAGAGAAGCGCGCUCUCGAAGAGCGCAAACAGAUCACGAAACUCCAACGUGAGCGUGAGGAGGAGCGCCAGAUGGAAGAGAUCCAGCGCCUCCAAGAAGCCUCCGGAAAUACAAAGCAACACCGCCGUGUCGACUGGAUGUACCAGGCGCCCUCGACCGCGAGCGGGCACUACUCCGAGGAGAUGGAUGGAUAUCUACUGGGAAAGCGACGCAUCGACGGAGUUCUCCUGAAGAACGACCCUGACACCAAGAAGUUGGAGAAGGGUUCGGAGUUGGUGGGCAAUGGUGUCGCGGCCGGCCCGUCUAUUGGCUCGGCGCGCGAUACUAUGUCGAAGGUUAUGGCGGACCCGCUACUCGAAGUGAAAAAGAGAGAACAGGCGGCUUACGAGGCGAUGGUGAAAGAGACGCUCAGACGCAAGGAAAGAGAGAAGGAGCGUGGAGAUCGCGAUCGGGGAAAGGAUCUGAUGAUGCUGGUGAUGACCGCCGUGACCGCCACCACCGAAGAUCUUCACCUCGACGACACAGAUCUAGAUCUAGAUCACCCGUUUCGCCUGAUCGAUCUUCGCGCAGACACAGAAGUGACCGUGAUCGUGAACGUCGUGACGACGAAUACCGCCCAGACAACCGUGAUCGGAGAAGCGACGAUCACCGAUCCCGCCGGGACGAUAGGGACCGGGGCCGAGACCGUCGCGACUACCAAGACAAGCGAGACAGGGGCUCUUACUCUAGCCGACACCAAGAUCGCGAAGACAGAGGUGGACGAGACCGCUCACCAACCCGGAAUUCCCGAUCUCCUCGUCCAUCUAGUGAUCGCAGAGAACGCCCCACCGCUGACGAAGAUCGCCGCCGCGACUUCCCCGGCGCGAAUACAAUAA